UCUGUUAACACCUUUUUCGUAAUCCAGGGGACGUGACAGUCCAGAGCUCCAAGUGCCUCAGCUGAAUUCUACUUUUGUUUUUAUUUCUCCCUCGCUUCCUCUUGUUUUCCUCUAAUCUGAUUCAUCUGCGAAGUCUGACGCUUCUGCCAGAGGGAGCAAGGAAUAAAGAGAUGCUGCUGCCCCAGAAGGCUUAGACGUCGGGAAAGAAGAGCCAGAGCGGCAGGGGCGGCGGCGGCAGGAGAUCGGCGGAGCUCGUGGGACCCCAUUGGGGGAAUUUGAUCCAAGGAAACUGAGAUCGUCGGGGGAGGAGAAGCUCCCAGAUCAUUGUGUCCAUUUGCAGGGGGGGAAGAGGGGACCGCGGAGCGGGCCUCUCGGCGUGCUCGGCACUACUCCACCCUGCCCCGUCCUGCCGGGAUCAUGGUCUGCGGCAGUCCAGGAGGGAUGCUGCUGCUGCGGGCCGGGCUGCUCGCUCUGGCUGCGCUUUGCCUGCUCUGGGUGCCCGAAGCUCGGGCUGCAGCCUGUGAGCCCGUCCGCAUCCCCCUGUGCAAGUCCCUGCCCUGGAACAUGACCAAGAUGCCCAACCACCUGCACCACAGCACCCAGGCCAACGCCAUCCUGGCCAUCGAGCAGUUCGAAGGUCUGCUGGGCACCCACUGCAGUCCCGAUCUGCUCUUCUUCCUCUGUGCCAUGUACGCGCCCAUCUGCACCAUUGACUUCCAGCACGAGCCCAUCAAGCCCUGCAAGUCUGUGUGCGAGCGGGCCCGGCAGGGCUGCGAGCCCAUCCUCAUCAAGUACCGCCACUCGUGGCCCGAGAGUCUGGCCUGCGAGGAGCUGCCUGUUUAUGACCGUGGCGUGUGCAUCUCUCCCGAGGCUAUCGUCACCGCGGACGGAGCUGAUUUCCCUAUGGAUUCUAGUAAUGGAAACUGUAGAGGGGCCAGCAGUGAACGCUGCAAAUGUAAGCCUAUUAGAGCUACACAGAAGACCUAUUUCCGAAACAAUUACAACUAUGUCAUUCGGGCUAAAGUUAAAGAAGUAAAGACCAAGUGCCAUGAUGUGACUGUAGUAGUUGAAGUGAAGGAGAUUCUAAAGUCUUCUCUGGUAAACAUUCCACGGGACACCAUUAACCUUUACACCAGCUCUGGCUGCCUGUGUCCUCCACUUAAUGUUAACGAGGAGUAUAUCAUCAUGGGCUAUGAAGAUGAGGAACGUUCCAGAUUACUGUUGGUGGAAGGUUCUAUUGCUGAGAAAUGGAAGGAUCGACUUGGUAAAAAAGUUAAGCGCUGGGAUGUGAAGCUCCGUCAUCUUGGACUGAAUAAAAGUGAUUCUAGCCAUAGUGAUUCCACUCAGAGUCAGAAGUCUGGCCGGAACUCCAGCCCCCAGCAAGCACGCAACUAAAUCCUGAAAUGCAGAAAGAACAUCAGUGGACUUCCUAUUAAGACUUGCGUUGCUGGACCAGCAAAGGAAAAUUGCACUAUUGCACGCCAUAUUCUAUUUUUUACCACAAAAAUCAUGUGGUAACUGAUAUUACUUCUAUUUUCUCUCUUGUCUUCUAUUUUUCUCUUCCCUCCCCCCACCUCCUUUUUUUGUGGUCUGAGUGCAGAUCCUUAAAUAUAUGUAUUCUGUUUCACUAAUCCUGGGAAAACUGUUCUUUGCAAUAAUAAUAAAUUAAACAUGUUGAUACCA